AUGCGUCUCAACAACUUCCUCCAGGGUCGGUACGGCGCGAAGGCCGCCGCUCACUUCACCUACGAGGAAACAAGUAGCGGCCCACAGAACAACACUGUGUGGACUGGCACUUAUUUAAUCGACGAUAUGACAUACGGUCAUGGGACGGGGACGAACAAGAGGGCUGCAAAGGAGGCAGCUGCUCAGAGAACUAUCCAACUGUUAGAGGCCGAGGGGUUUACUAUUCUCAAUUGA